AGGUGAGAAUAUUUGACAUGUUUGCCUAGUUAGUCUGCUACCGUCACACGGCGGGAAUAAAAGGGACCGAGUGAGCCAUUGAUGUAUCCUGCCUGGUAAAAGGCAGUCAAGUUGUGCAAUCUCAUUCCUGAACACCCUCACAGAACUUUGACCCGGGUCACGGAGAUAAAACCUGCACUUGGACUGACGAGUCAGCAGAGAAGGCACACUGAGAGGAAAGAAGUACACGAUGGUGACCAUGUGGAGCACAGCGGCAGCCCUCCUCUUCAUUCUACAUGCUGUGUGUGCUCAGAGCAGCAUUAGGUGGUGCACCAUCUCGAAUGCUGAGCAGAAGAAAUGCGAAGCCAUGUCCCUGGCUUUCGCCCAAGUCUCCAUCCGGCCAUCGCUCAGCUGCGUUGGCGGAAGCACUGUGGAGAACUGCGUGCAGAAGCUCGAGGCAAACCAAGCGGAUGCUUUGUCCAUGUUCGCCCCCGACAUCUACAACCUGAGGAAGAGCGCCUCGUUCAAGAUAGCUGCCAAUGAAUCAAAGGCUGACGGUACCGGGGCGGCUUACUUUGCCAUCGCUGUUGUGAAAAAGGUCAAUUCCAGCAUCAACAUCAAUAACUUGGCGGGGAAACGGAGCUGCCACACCGGCAAAGGCCGAACGGCUGGCUGGAAUAUGCCCGUGGGAUAUUUCAUUGACCAGGGCACCGUGUCGGUCAUGGGCUGCGACAUCUCCAAGGGCGUGGCCCAGUUUUUUAACAGCAGCUGCGUUCCGGGAGCAAACCAGGCCGGCGAUCCGGCGUCUCUGUGCCAGUUGUGCAAGGGCGAUGACAGUGGACAGCACAAAUGCGAAGCCAGCAACAAUGAACGAUUUUACAGCUAUGAAGGAGCGUUCAGGUGCCUCGCUGAAGGUGCAGGAGACGUAGCUUUUAUCAAACACACUACGGUUGAAGAAAAUACAGAUGGUCACGGCCCCGAUUGGGCACAUAAAUUCUACUCCAAAGACUACGAGCUGUUGUGUCGUGACGGCAGAAGACUUCCCGUCAGUCAGUGGAAGACUUGCAAUCUGGUCCGCGUGCCAUUUCGGGGCAUCGCCGUCGGCAAACACGUCACGCCGUCUGUAGUGUUUAACAUGCUUGCUGAGGGACUGCAAAAGUCUGGAUUCAACAUGUUUUCCUCCAAACCUUACGGAGCAGGGACGUUGCUCUUUUCCGAGUCCACCGCCAUGUUUCAGAGCUCCGAGUACGAUGACCCUAAGAAAUGGAUGGGUCAGCUUUAUCACGAUGUCAUGAGCGCCAUGGACUGUAAACUUCCAGAAAGCACUUUGCGGUGGUGCGUGCUGUCAACGGGCGAGCAGCGCAAAUGUGCCGCCAUGGGCGCUGCCUUUCAAGAGAAAGGGCUCGUUCCCAGGGUCAACUGCAUCUACGGUGACUCGGUGACGGACUGCUUGGAGAAAAUCAAAAACCGCAAAGCCGAUGCCAUUACUCUGGAUGGAGGUUACAUCUAUACGGCGGGCAAGGACUAUGGAUUGGUACCCGCUACUGGAGAGAGCUAUACAGCCGAUCGCGAUGGCUCCAACUAUUACGCAGUUGCCGUGGUGAAAAAGAGCAGCUAUGACAUUCGGAGUCUUGACGAUCUCAAAGGCCGUCGCUCCUGUCACACGGGAUUGGGUCGCACUGCCGGUUGGAACGUUCCGGUAUCCACCCUGAUUGAGAAAGGCUUGAUCAGCCCUCAGCAUUGCCAGAUAGCCCAAGCGGUCGGUGGGUUCUUUAAGCAGAGUUGUGUACCUGGCGCCAAUCAGCCCGGUUUCCCUAGCAACCUGUGUGCCUUAUGUGCGGGAGACACCACAGGGCACAACAAAUGUGAGAAAGGAAAAGACUUGUACGACGGAUACGACGGUGCCUUCAGGUGUCUGGCCGUGGGAGAUGGAGACGUGGCUUUCGUCAAGCAUUUGACCGUGUUCCAAAAUAGCGACGGUACGAGCGGAACUCGGACCGAACCUUGGGCCACGGAUCUCCUGUCCAAAGAUUUCCAGCUGCUCUGUCCGCAAGGUACCAAAGCUGAGGUCACUCAGUAUAAAUAUUGUCAUCUGGCACGCGUGCCCUCCCACGCUGUAAUGGUGCGCCCGGAAAGCAACAUCCACGCCAUCUAUGGACUCCUGGACCGUGCGCAGACUUAUUUUGGCAGUGACACAGCUCCAGACUUCCAGAUGUUUGACUCGCAGGCUUACAAGGGCACAGAUCUUCUCUUCAAAGACUCCACCGUGCGCCUCGUGGGCGUGGCUGACAGAAAGACCUACCAGGAGUGGCUGGGCCAGAAUUACUUGGACUCACUGCUCAACAUGGAGUGUAACUCAUCAAGUGCAGCGGUUUCCUCGCUGUGGUUGGUGAUCACCGUCGCGCUGCUGUGCGCCAUGCUGACGGCCAUCUGAAGGCAUGCUACGCAACGCAACUUGUCCCACUCCCUUCCCUCGCACUGUUCUCUUUUGCUGAUCACUGGUUCUAGUAGAAGGAUCCCACCGUUGUCAACUUUGAAAAAGAUUUGUCACUUGCGAAAGAAAAUUGUUCACAGAAGGUGAGCUGCCAUAUCAGAGCAUAUGCUGUCACCUGUUACAUUCCAACCUCUUUUUCUCAAGGCGCUUCAGGGACGCACGCUUUCUUUCUUGCCAUCACUAAUCAGCCGCAGAAAAGUAGUCCUGAUCAAAAU